UUGCAUCACUAUUAACAAUGCACCGCCCGUAGCUCAUGAGUGAUCGCCCGUAGCUGAUGAGUGAUCGAGCAGCCAUGGCAGAGCCAGAGGCAGAGCACGGCAUCCACGUCAUCCUGCUCCCGAACCCAAGCCAAGGACACAUCAACCCGAUCCUCCAGUUCGGCAAGCGCCUCGCCGCGCGCCGCGGCGUCCGGUGCACGCUCGCCGUGACCCGCUUCGUGCUCGCCCAGAGCGGCGACGGCGGCGGCGAGCAGCCGGCCACUGCGGGAGGAGGCGCCGUGGUCCACGUCGCCGCCGUCUCGGACGGCUGCGACCGCGGCGGCUUCGACGAGGCCGGAGGGGUCGCGGCGUACACGGCCCGGCUGGAGGCGGCCGGGUCGGAGACCGUGGGCGCGCUCCUCCGGUCCGAGGCGGCACUGGGCCGGCCCGUGCACGCGCUGGUGUACGACGCGUUCCUGCCGUGGGCGCGGCGCGUGGCGCGGCGGCACGGCGCCGCGACCGCGGCCUUCUUCACGCAGCCGUGCGCGGUGAACGUGGCGUACGGCCACGCGUGGACCGGGCUGGCGGAGGCGCCGCUGCUCGUCGCCGGCGGCGAGAGGCCGCUCGAGCUGCCCGGGCUGCCCGCCGGGCUCAGGCCGCGCGAUCUGCCGACGUUCAUGACCGACCGCGCGUACCUGGACCUGCUUGUCAACCAGUUCAGCGGCCUCGACGAGGCCGACCAUGUCCUUGUCAACUCCUUCUACGAGUUGCAGCCCCAGGAAUCCGAGUACAUGGUGUCUACGUGGCGAGCUAAGACGGUGGGCCCCACCGUGCCGUCGGCGUACCUCGACAACCGCUUGCCGGACGACGCGUCCUACGGCUUCCACCUCUACACCCCCCUGACGGCGGUGACCAAGGCCUGGCUGGACGCGAGGCCGGCGCGCUCGGCCGUGUACGUCUCUUUCGGAAGCCUCGCCAAACCAGACGUUGUUCAGAUGGCCGAGAUGGCGGAGGGGUUGUACGACAGCGGCAAAGCCUUCCUGUGGGUUGUCAGGGCCUCAGAGAUCUCAAAGCUACCUGAGAACUUCGCCGGCAAGUCCAAGGAGAGGGGCCUCAUCGUGGCAUGGAGCCCUCAGCUCGAGGUGCUGGCGCACCCGGCUGUCGGGUGCUUCGUGACGCACUGCGGCUGGAACUCGACGAUGGAGGGGAUGGGCGCGGGCGUGCCGAUGGUCGCCAUGCCCCAGUGGUCCGACCAGACCAUGAACGCCAAGUAUAUUGAAGAUGUGUGGCGAGUAGGUGUGCGUGUGCGCCCGGAUGAGAGGGGUGUGGUGAGGAAGGAGGUCGAGAGGUGUGUGAGGGAGGUGAUGGAGGGAGAGAGGAGCAUGGAGUAGCUGACAAUGUGCUCAUGCAUGAUACAGGUUCAAAGCUGGGUUUCUGAAUUUCAUUUCCUUCUCAUUUUUCUUCUGAUGGGAAAAAAUAUCAGAACAAAGCUAUUACAUCAAAGUACAACGGCUAAGUUUUGCAUUCGGUGCCUAGAGUUAUCAGUCCUCGUGCUGCUGCUGCUGCUUCUUGUCCUGCGCCAUCUUCUUGCGGAUCUCGUGCGCGGCGUUGAAGAUGCCCAUGGUCGGCUUGUUGCAGA